AUGGCAGCUACGCCCAUCGCAGUCGAGGGCAAGAAUGAGGAGAAUAUGGACAUGGACUUGGGGACAGGCGGGACGAGAUCCCAACAAUCGGAUACGAGCAAGAACGAAACUCCGGAAGGUGCACCACCAAUGCCAUCGUUACGGUCACUGGACUCUCUUAUGGGUACACAGGGUGUACUUCCAUCGCAGUCCGAACAGCUCUCAACACUGGCCGUACCAACGCCUACCGAUGGCCAGGGAUCAACACUUCAAGCUUUCACCGCACCUUCGUUAUCGAUGAAUGCCACCUCGACCUUCUCUCUUAACUUUGUAGCAUCUACCAUCCGGCCAACUCUUACUGCGCAAGCAGAUGCUGUCGCCAUGAACGAGGCCAUGACCAUCCAACCUGCUUCAACUGCAGUCCCAGGCCUUCUAGCGGACUCUUUCGCACAGGAUGAAAUUGCAGCCCUUCCCGGUGUCAACCAAGACGACCCGUCAUUGGAGACAGUACCCGGAAUGAACCAAGAGUACGACUAUACCGUUUGCAACUUCGGCGAUGACAGUGGGAAAGCCUAUGCCUGGGAAGAAUCAACCGAAGCCUACAAUGGAUGUUUCUGCAGUGUCUUUCAUGAUUCUGAGCGACUCCCGCUCAACGGCUAUGUCAACUAUGUCGUCUUCUUCGGCAGUGAGCACAGCCACUGA